AUGGACUACUCGUACUUGAACCAGGCGGGCUUCGACUCCAGCUGCCUGCAGGGGGCCGGCAUGGACCCCACGGGCCUGGGCAACAUGCCCUGUUCGUACGGCGACCUGACCUCCUGCAGCCAGAUGUCCCAGGCGGCGUACAGGUACACGGCGUUUGAAAAGGCUCAGAAAUACCCAGGUGGAUUGCCUUAUAAAGUUUAUCCCGGUCAUGAUGGUGUCCUUACGGAGAAGAGAAAACAACGAAGGAUAAGAACAACGUUCACAUCUGCACAACUCAAGGAACUGGAACGAGCUUUCCAAGAGACGCAUUAUCCUGAUAUCUACACUAGGGAAGAAAUUGCCAUGAAAAUUGAUCUCACGGAAGCUAGGGUACAGGUUUGGUUUCAAAAUCGAAGGGCGAAAUUUCGGAAGCAGGAACGGUUGGCUCAACAGAAAGCUUCGAAUAACUCAGAGAAUUCGACUCCACCAACUAAUAUUAAGGCUGAGAGUAAUGGAAACACCAAGAGUAGCAUAAAUGGGAGCAAAGACAUCAAACCAGGAUCGCCACAUUCAAGCAUCUCGACGACGCCGAAUUCCAACACAAGCAGCAUUUCCAGCCACCAAUCUUCCAACGGAGUUGAUGUGAAACCAGUCAACGGCAAUGGAAAAUUGAGUGAAGACGCAAUCAUCUCCAACAACAACAAAUGGUCGAUGAGUCCGCAGUCUUGUAACACAGCACUGCUGGUGCACCAAGCCAACAAAGUUCUCUCUUCACAACCUUCCCAUCUUCAAACCCAUCAUGGAUCCCAUGCUGCAGCCGCCGCAGCUGCUGCCUUAUCUUCACCCUUUAGUACACUUCUUGGAGCAAGUGGAGGAGCAGCAUCGUAUCUCUUAGGAGAUCAUCUAAAACCCACUGCUGCUGCCAAUCACCUGUUUUAGAAAGUUCAAUUUUUAGGAAAUUUGGAUUAGUUGAGAACAUUCUGUGACGGUUUCAAAGAGUCAUUCUGGAAUUGCAAAUCAAAAUAACCUUCAAAUAAAUUUAACCGGUGUUUAUAUGGUCCGCGUAAUGCAGACUAAGAAUGGAAAUUUUAUGAUUACUUUCAUAUGUGUUUAUUCUGAUCACAGAUUUUAAACAGUGUUUGAGGCCAAAUAAAAAAAAUAGAUAAACAAUCACAUACAUAGGUACUUGUAUUUUUUCGAAUUUUGAUUCUAAUUUUGAUUCAAUGUCAACUAAACUGAACCUUAGAUGUGAAUUUUGGAUUGGUUUAAGUCAAACAUUACAAAAUACAACAUAUUUUAAAAACGGUUGAAAUAGAAAUGCUGACCUAUUAUAAAAACCUUGCUCUAGUUAACGUUGCAUUUUUCGCAAUUUAAAGUUAAAAAUGUUGCAUCUGUACAUUAAAAUAUAAAUAAAUGUUUCAUAAAUUAGAUUGUACAACAUUAUUUUCUGAACAGGAAAGAGAUUUUAACUCAAAAACAAAAAAUGUCUAAUUUUACUCACCUUUGUUUUUACCUGUAUGUUACUGUUCUUCUAAUGUAAUAGAAUUAAAAUUGCCAAAAAAGCUUUCGCCGUCCAGUUUUUUAAGAAGUAUGCAGUUUUUUUAAACGUUUCAAACACGAAUAAAAUAAUUUUAAUUUUGACUCUCUGAAAUCGCAGAGAAUGUGUUUUAAAAUUUGGAAAUCCGUCACAAAUAAAAUUGAUUUAUCGAAUUAUACGAUUGGUAUACGGAUUUUCUUAA